AAGCCAAAAAGAAAUAUGAUAAAGAGACGGAGAAGUACUGUACAGUGUUGGAGAAACACCUCAGUCUGUCUGCGAAGAAGAAGGAAGCACACCUUCAUGAAGCGGAUAACCAGGUGGACAUCGUGAGGCAUCACUUCUAUGAAGUCUCGCUGGAAUAUGUUUUCAAAGUGCAGGAAGUUCAGGAGAGGAAAAUGUUUGAGUUUGUGGAGCCGUUGCUGGCUUUUCUACAGGGUCUGUUUACAUAUUAUCAUCAUGGGUACGAACUGGCCAAAGACUUCAACCAUUUCAAGACAGACCUCACAAUCAGCAUUCAAAAUACGCGGAACCGGUUCGAGAGCACACGUUCAGAGGUGGAAUGUUUGAUGAAGAAGAUGAAGGAAAACCCGCACGAACAUAAGAGCAUCAGUCCACACACAAUAGAAGGUUACCUGUUUGUGCAAGAGAAACGUUCCUUCGUGUCCACAUGGGUGAAGUACUACUGCAUCUAUCACCGAGAGCCCAAACGCAUGACCAUGAUGCUGUUUGAUCAGAAGUCUGGGGCCAAAAAUGGAGAUGAGGAAAGCUUUACGCUCAAAUCUUGCACCAGAAGGAAAACAGACUCCAUCGAGAAAAGGUUCUGUUUUGACAUUGAAGCCGUGGACCGGCCUGGCGUGAUCACCAUGCAGGCGCAGUCAGAGGAAGACCGCAGACUCUGGAUGGAAGCCAUGGACGGAAGAGAACCGGUAUACACCCUGAAUCGUGACAGCCAGAAUGAAGCUAUGGCACAAUUAGAUGUCCUCGGCUUCAACAUUGUCAAGAAAUUCAUCUAUGCCAUAGAAACCAGAGGUAUUGAUGAACAGGGGCUAUACAGGAUCGUCGGUGUCAGCUCCAGAGUGCAGAAACUACUCAGCCUGGCCAUGGACCCCAAAACCUGUGCAGAUGUGGAGCUGAACAGCACAGAAUGGGAGAUCAAGACCAUCACCAGUGCAAUAAAGCACUACCUCAGGAUGCUGCCGGCCCCUCUCAUGACAUACCAGUACCAGAGGAGCUUCAUCAAAGCAGCCAAACUGGACAAUCCCGAGGCGAGGGUGGCAGAGAUCCACUCCAUAGUGCACCGUCUCCCGGAGAAGAACCGCCAGAUGCUGGAGCUUCUCAUGAAACACUUGGCUAAAGUGGCCAGUCACCACCUGCAGAAUUUGAUGACGGUCGCUAACCUCGGCGUAGUGUUCGGCCCUACGCUCUUGAGGCCUCAGGAAGAGACUGUCGCUGCAAUCAUGGACAUCAAGUUCCAGAACAUUGUGGUAGAAAUCCUAAUCGAGAACCACGAACGGAUUUUCAAAGACAUGCCAGUGUCUGGAGGAGGGCAGGGCAACUCCCAGCUCAACCUGCCCAGGCGGAGGAGUGCAGACAGCAAGGCCCCGUCCUGCAGCGAGAGACCCCUCACUCUUUUCCACACCCCCUCAUUUUCAGAGAAAGACAAAGUGGAGAAGAGGAACAGUGUGGUUGUAAACUCCAGUGCAGACUUGUCAUCAGUAAAUUGCAACAACACACUCAGCUGGACUCAACUCGACAGCCUGCCCACUGGAGACGGAGACCACGAUGGGCUUCAGCUGCCCAAGCAGAGUCGGCCUAAUUCACUUCAAAAUCCAAAGGUUCGCAGCAGUAUGUCGACAAGCCCGGCUUCACCCAGUCCCACCUCACCGCGCUCCCCCUCAUGGCCGAUGUUCUCUGCCCCCUCCAGCCCCCAGCUGGCCUCCAGCGAAUCCUCCCCCGUCAGUCCUCCGCCACGACAGGCACGUGCACGAUACGCCUGCAAGGCUGAACAUGACUCUGAGCUGUCCUUUAUCGCAGGCACCAUAUUCGAGAAUGUUCAUCCCUCAAGAGAGCCAGGCUGGCUGGAGGGCACUUUGGAUGGGAAGAAGGGGUUAAUUCCGGAGAACUACGUGGAGUUUGUGUAGCUGGAAGUCAAUGAAAGCGGUGACACAGAGCCCGCUUUUGAAACAACUGAACUUCGACAGAAAAGCCGAGUUAGUAUGCCUGUGCGAUAGUACGUUUUUUUUUUUUGGGCCAUCCCCUACCUCGUCAUUGUUCCACGCAUCCCACAAUGCAUUGCCGCUGUUUAAGACAAAGUUCAACACAAGGUAAAAGGGAAAAAAAAUAAAUAAACCCCGGGACCAAGUUGCUGCUGCUGCGAUCUCGGCCACAAUCAAGAAAUUGUGUAUUUAGGGGCUCAUUAUGAAUUUAUUUGUAUUACUAUUACAGCUUUUUUUUUUUAAUAUAAAUAAUGCUUUUAUAUGUGAGCACUUCCCAGUUCACCAUGAUGUCAAAUGUAUGCCGUUUCUAUGCAGUCUGGGGCUUUUUGAAUGUCUUUUGUGUCCUCCAGGUCCUCGUAUCUGUUUUGUUUAGAACUACUAAGAGAUGACUGUUAAUUUCGGGAAAGAAAACGCUUGCACUCUUUUGUAUAUCAGGAAGCAUUUAAAAAAAAUAUUCAGAAUUUUUUUCUUCUCCUUUCUUAGCAUGUAAGUGGAAAAGUGUAAAUUAUUUCUUAAUGUGAAUUAACAUCGUUAUGUAAACCACUCUUAUUUAAGCAUUAUCUCUGAUGAGAUUUGUGUUCUUUUGGAGUGUGUUAACAUUGUAAAUAAGUGACAAU